AUUCAGUUUGUGUUCGAAUAAUGCGACAGAUUAAAUUCGGGAAAAGCAAUUCGCAAAGUGUAUGAAUCUGCGACAAUGAUCUCUCAUGUCUUUUUUUGAGUGUUUUUCAAAUUCAACAAAACACAUUACGACAUGGUUUAAGAUAUUUCAGGAAACAAAAUUCCUAUCAAACAUCUUCAAACAAUCAUUCAAUGAAGUGUUUUCGCCUUAAAAUUAUAUAGCAAUUUUCAGUAUUGUUCACUGGAGUUCCUUUCGUUUUCAAAACUCGUGAGUAACUUUAUUUUGCAGAAACCCCGGUACUUCUGUCAGGAUGAUAAAUGUAAGGAAAUCUCGAUUGGGGGUAAAAUGGCAAAAAUCCAGGUGCAGAACCUUUAGUUUGUGCUCUGAAAGAGUUGCUUUCAGAUGCAGUUUUAUAAUGGGGACAACAAACUGCUUUGUUUGUGGCUGACAUGGAUUCAUGGUCCGGUUUUACGAAACACCUAAUUCUCAGAACCCUUUUGUGUUUAAUUUGAUUGCAUCCAUUAUACAGCAUUGAUUAUAGAUUCUGAUCCAUUGUCUAGAGCAUGUCUACAAGGAGGUUUUUGUGCCCUCUUGUUCUCUUUCGACUCAAGCCACUAGAAUUAGAGUGGUUUCGAUACUUUUACCCCUAACUGGUCUUCCCAACUAUUUCACAUAUAAAAUGACAUCCCACUACUGCAUCGACAGAAUACUACAACGUCUAAGAGGUAAAGAUCACAAGUGGAACAUCAUUAGAAAUGGAAGGCCUAAUUGGAGUCCUCUCGAUCAUAUUCUGUCAAUGCUUCAUGUUUUCUGAUGCUGUUAUUGACAACAGAAUUCCGCGGGAAGGAAAUGUAUGGAAAUCACUCACAAACGUAAAUGGGAACACAAGAAAGCUACUUUUAUAUGUCAAAAAUCUGCGAAGAGACUUUAAAGCUGAAAGGAAGCUGAAAGACCAUUUCCAGCCGAUCAAAAAAACGUGUGGAAAGCAUCUCGUGACAACUCUUGAUAUUUUACAAAAUCACAUCGAUGACAUCCAAUGCAUGCAGUUGACAGAAGGACAUCGAAUGCACGAAGAAGCAAUCUUAGAGAAAUCCAACAAGGUUGCAAGCAAAGCAGUCACUGGAAACACAAAAGCCGUUUCGCCCACAAAGUUCAUGAAACUUGAGUUCGACCUUCGAGAUCUUCUCUCAAAAAUUCGAGAAUUGGCAAAGCUCUACCAGUUGAAAAAUAUUCCCAAAUAUUCUGUUGGACUUGGUACCAAAAUAUCUACAAAAGAGCAGGACACGGAGUUGGAUGUUUCCAAAAGUGCUCUGGAUACAUACAGCCAUCUAGUCGCAAUAGAAAGAUGCUUACAGACAUUUCAGAGAACUGUCGCUGACAAGCUCAAAACAAGCAGUUAAUGAAUGUAGAACAAAUGCAAUUUAAAGUUUUGUUGAUAAGGAGAGUAUUUAUGUUAAAAUUGAUGGCUAAUUGGUCUAGUUUUAAAUAACACAAAUAUACCAUGUCACAUGGAAAUUGAGUUUAUAAUUUAUAUAAAGUUAACUUAUGAUUAAUAUAUAACAGAGUUGAUAUUAUAGAAACCUGAAGAACACUUUCUUUGAAAUCGAAUCUAAAUCGUAAAAUGAAACUAGAUGUGAUGGAAUAACUUAAGCUAGUUUAUUGUUGCAAUUAGGUUUAUUCGAUCUGUAAGAGAGAAAGGAGUUUCAUUUCUGUUUUGAGCAUAUCAACUAUAUAAGGGUUGGUGUUCGCUUAUUGGUUGAAACAAGGAACCAAUCAAACGCUUCAUAUCAUUUUAAGGAACCAAUCCAACAAUGUUAAUUUCGAUCUGCACCCGGAAGUAAAACUCUUGUCGCUUAGUUGCUUGAUGAUCGCAUUAAACUUGAAACUUGGAGUAGCAACUUGGAAUAGUCCUUUUCUUUAAACCAAUUUGCGUGUACAGCUCUGCCUAAACGGCAAGGAGCACUCUAUGGCAGACCAGUAAACAGUAAUUUUCAUCUCUUGUCACUUAGGUUUUUGUGGCAUGUUUCAUAUUUUGAAGUGUGUCGAGCAAAAAAAUCUUUGUAUUCAAACAGAAAAGUGUUAAUUUUUCCUCCGGACAAAAUUCUGAAACUCUGAAAAUCUUCCUUAGCUUUCAUUGGUUUUUGACACGGUUGUUUGCCAUGUCACCGCCAUGUUUCCUGGACUCUAUAUAUGGUGCCUUUUUUAGGUUUUGCAGUAAGGAUGGCUUGCUUGAUCUAAACAGAGAGACCACUAGGCGAGGGUAUUUCAAAUGAAAAACAUGGACGGGAAUCAUGCAUCAUGUAAUGGACCGGAAUCUUAUUCUCUCAAGCAUUUAUUAAACCAGAAUUCAAAAAACGGCUCAAUCCUCCUCCAGAUAAAACUUUCCAAUAUUUGCCCUUAAAAAAAUUAUUCUUGUAUCGUUUAAAACAGUAUCUUAGAAAUAGAAAAAAAAAUAACAAUUAUCUAUGGUUUAGUCUUUACGCUUUGCCAGAAAAAAUAAAAGUUCAAGCAAAAAAGUAAAUUCCUUGCACUUUAUAUAGUCUUGUCACUGAUUUUCCCUAAAACUAUUGCAUCGUUGGACAACCUUUAUACGGUUCAUGACCGUGAAACCGUGAUGUUUUCUGGACUCAAAUAUUUCAGUCGAUCUCCUACCUAUGCUUAUAAGACAAAAUCCAAUGAAAUUAAUUUGAUUGAAAUUCAGAAAAGAGCAAAUAAACUGAAAUAUUAUCUACGUUUGACAUCAAAGGUUGAAGGGGGGCUUAAUAGAUAGGGGGGCUUAUCUAAUGUUUUGCUUGAUAAGGGUGGAUACUUAAUAGAGAGGGGAGCUUAAUAGAGCUUUUACGGUACUUCAUCAACUGGUGCAAGAAGGCAAAUGCCACUGAUUGUGAUCAAUACAUCGCAGUGAAUUCAAGAAACAGUCAUCAAAGAUGUUUAUCCUUUUUCAAAACUAAUAAGCUGAAACUUUGACAUUCUUACUCUGAACAACUCUGAUGAUAUUACGAGGUGGUAAUUGAAGCUUUUUGCUUUCUACAGUAUCCCCAUAUGGUAACCAUUUACUGAACUGUCUAGUGGAUUUCAACUUUUUCUUUAUGCACACCUCCCAAAGCCACAUCAAAGCCCCCCCCAACCCCCACCUUCCCCCACCCGAGAG